CUGCCACUGCACCCGGGACCCCUCCUGCCAUCUCCAAGCACCCACUCCAGCCUGUCUCAGCAUCGCGCUGCUAAGAGGGAGCGGUGCCCCAGCCCGGGCAUGUGCUGCUGGACUAUGCCAUGUCCCCCCCCGGCCGGUGGGCAGCCCCAGCCCCGUGAGGACGCUGCCAACCCGGAGCCGGAUACCGGGACAGCGGGGUGCCCAGCACCGCCAUGGCCCAGGGCUGGGACGCAGGGCUGUCGGGGAUGACGACGGGCAGUCGGUCGCGGAGCUCCAGCAGCGAGGCCAGCCUGGCCCCCCGUUGCCUCCUCAGCAAGCAGAGCCGCCUGCUCAACGGGACCACCCGGGUCGGCCGUGCCACGUCCCCCAUGGGCCGCGUCAUCCUCAUCAACACCCCCAUCGAAGCCAGCAGCAAUGAGAGCGACAUCAUCAAUGCCAUCACGGUGGAGAAGAGCAUGGAUGGCAAGCUGGGCUUCAGCGUCCGGGGUGGCUCCGAGCAUGGGUUGGGCAUCUUCGUCAGCAAGGUGGAGGAAGGCAGCGCUGCCGAGCAGGCCGGGCUGUGUGUUGGUGACAAGAUCACGGAGGUGAACAGCGUGAGCCUGGAGAACAUCACCAUGAGCAGCGCCGUCAAGGUCCUCACUGGCAACAACCGCCUCCGCAUGGUGGUCCGGAGGAUGGGCCGCGUGCCGGGCAUCAAGUUCUCCAAGGAGAAGACGGCAUGGGUGGACGUGGUGAACAGGCGCCUGGUGGUGGAGAAGAGCGGCUCGACGCCGUCGGAGAGCGGCUCCGAGGACGGGCUGCGGCGCAUCGUCCACCUCUACACCACCUCCGACGACUACUGCCUGGGCUUCAACAUCCGCGGCGGCAGGGAGUUCGGCCUCGGCAUCUAUGUCUCCAAGGUGGACCCGGGGGGCCUGGCGGAGCAGAACGGCAUUCGGGUGGGAGACCAAGUCCUUGCAGCCAACGGAGUCAAGUUUGAAGACAUAAGCCAUAGCAAGGCAGUGGAGGUGCUCAAGGGGCAGACCCACAUCAUGCUAACCAUCAAGGAGACCGGCCGGUUCCCUGCCUACAAGGAGAUGGUGGCCGAGUACUGCUGGCUCAGUCGCUUGACCAACGGGCAGCUGCAGCAACUCUCCCAAGCUUCGGAGACCAGCUCCUCCAUCUCCUCCUAUUCCUCGGGGCCAGCACCCGGGGCGGUGAACGGGCUCGGCGCGGCCACCUCGGGACCCCCCACCCGCACCGUGGACGUGGCCAUCUCCACGGAGGACGGGCCCCGGCGGGGCUGGGGGCGGGAGCGUGCCGAGAGGGCCAUGCAGACCGAACCGGCCGCCGAGGGGCUGCCGGAGACGCGCCGUACGGUGCGGCCCCCCGAGCUGCUGCGGGACACGGCCAUCCGGGGCCAGGGAGGGACCCGCGAGCCCCCCGGCACCCACCCGCGCCGGGCCUUCACCCACUCGCCCAAGACGGCGCUGCUGCUGGCGCUGAGCCGGCCCCGGCAGCCCAUCACACGCUCCCAGAGCGACCUCACCGUCGCCGAGGAGAAGCGGAAAAAGGAGAAGCCGGAGGUCCAAGGGGCACGGGGGGCUCCCCCGGGGCUGCACCGCUCCAAGACCCUCGUCAACCUCUUCUUCAAGGGGGGCCGUGCCACCAGCCAGAGCUGGGCCCCCCCCAGCCAGGAGCCCCCCACCUCCGACCGCCGGGCACGGGCCAAGUCCCCAGGGCGCCCUGAUGGGGACAGAGUAGGUGCUGUGCAGAAGUUUGUCAUCCGGAGCCUGAAGCGGGAGAAAAGCCGGCGUGCCAGCAUCCUGGGCCCCGCGGGCAUCGCUGCCCUGCAGCCCAGCAGCAGCAGCGACCCCGAGUCCCGGCUGCCCCACAUCCAGGACACUGCCGCACGCCUCCUCAGCCCCGACGAGGUGACGGCCGUGCUCCGACACUGCUCCCGGUACCUGCACGAGGGCAGCGUGGAGGAUUUGGUGCGGCCGCUGCUGGCCAUCCUGGACCGGCCAGAGAAGGUCCUGCUGCUGCGGGAUGUGAGGAGCGUGGUGGCCCCCACGGACCUGGGCCGGUUUGACAGCAUGGUGAUGCCCCUGGAGCUGGAAGCCUUCGACGCCCUGAAGAGCCGCUCAGUGCGCUCGCCUGCCCUCCGCCCAGCCCACCAUGAUGUCCCCCCCAAGAGACACCUCAUCACACCAGUGCCUGACUAUCGAGGGGGGUUCCUGCUGAAGCCGGCGGGGGCCCCAGAGCCGGAGGAAGCCGGGGGGCUGCAGGCGAGCCCGGCCCGGCCCCCAGCCCCCCCCCGCCCCCCCCCGCCUCCCCCCAUUCGCUCUCUGGAGGGCAGGAGAAAAGCCUUCUCCACCUGUGCUUCCCACCUGACGGUCGUCAUCAUGUUUUUUGGGGCAAUCUUGUUCAUGUACCUACGCCCCAGCUCCACCUACGCGUUGGGACCCCCCGCCAGCCCCCGACCCCCCAACUGGCUGCUGGCCGAGCCCCCCUCGGCCGAGGGGCGCGGGCGCUCACGGAGCCCCCGGCCCACCUGGCACAAGGAGCCCCCCGGGUCUGUGCCCGACGGAGGGGCUGACGUGCUGGGGAAGCCCCGGCGGGCACGGCCCCCCCUUGCACCCCUAUUUGGGGGGCCAGGGGGUGAGGCGGGGGCUGGGAUGACCAUCAAUGGCCCUGGGGAUGCCGGCAGGGAGGAAGAGGAGGAGGAGGAGUACCGGCUGCUCACCGUCACCCUCUCCAAGCUGAAGCACUCGCUGGGGAUCAGCAUCUCCGGUGGCAUCGAGUCGAGGGCACAGCCGGUGGUGAAGAUCGAGAAGAUCUUCCCUGGAGGAGCUGCCUUCCUCAGCGGCGUCCUCAAGGCUGGGCAGGAGCUGGUGUCAGUGGAUGGAGAGAGCCUGCAGAACGUCACCCACCAGCGGGCCGUGGACAUCAUCCGCCAGGCCUACCGCAACAAAGCCAAGGAGCCCAUGGAGCUGGUGGUGCGGGUGGUUGGAGCCCCCCCGGAGUGAUGCUGCACACCCCCCACCCCUGCACUUUGAUGAGCCAUCCCGCCUCCAGGAAGGAGAUGGCUGGCUCAUUCCUGCACCGAGCUGUGACCGGUCUCAGCACAGGCAAAGGGCACAAGAGCCAGAGCUGCCCCACGGGCACAGAGGAGCUGCCCUCAAGCAGCAGGACUCAAGGCCGGGGUUAGGGGUGGGGGGGCAAUGCUGAUGAGGCAAGAGGGGGACAGGCAGCCCCCAACCCUGCUCUGGACAGACAGACAGACACAGCCUUGAGAAAAAAAAGAAAAAAAAAAAACAGCCAGGGGCUUGUUUUUACUGGGCGAUUCCGGGUGGUACAAGGGAAUGGGAUGCGACUGAAAUAAAGUACAAAAAUCCCCCUCCGGAGUUGGGGGCGACCAAGCCA